CGUCGAUGGCUGUGCAGGUACAAUUCGAACCGCAGUUUGUUGCUCGCGAUUGGCCAGAAGUGUUGCAAUUUGCUUUCGCCCAGAACCCAGAACUUAGGACGUUAUGGCUCUAGUGCUCAGAUACGUUCAUCAAGGCUUCCAGUACUAUCACGAAACUCAAGAUCCACGAACAACGGACUUGUUUAUAAUAAAUCCUCCAUGGCUGCCAGUUGCACUCGUUGGUGGAUACCUCUACUUUGUCCUUAAUUUGGGACCAAAGCUUAUGAAGGAUCGGAAACCGUUCAACCUUCGAACGCUUCUCCUCGUUUACAACGUUUUACAGGUUGCAGCGAAUGUUUAUUUGGCUUGUUAUGGCACACAUAUUUUGCUUUCAAAAGGGUGGACCUGGUCAUGUCAGCCAUUUGACAAGUCUACCAGUAAAUUAGCUAUGCGUGAGGUUCAGCUGGCGUACUGCUACAUCUUGCUCAAGUUGGCCGAUUUGUUCGACACGGUUUUCUUCGUGCUGCGCAAAAAGCAAAGCCACGUGUCCUUUCUGCACGUGUAUCACCACGCGGUGAUGGUGCUCGUUCCGUUCAUCUUUAUGCGCAACUAUCCCACUGGACACUGCUCGAUGCUGGGACUACUCAACACGUACGUCCACGCGGCGAUGUACUUUUACUUCUUCAUGACGGUGUACCGACCGGAACAAGUCAAGGAUGUCCGCUGGAAGAAGUACCUGACGAUGAUGCAGAUGGGACAGUUUGUGGCGCUUGCGGUGUACUUUGGACAGCCGGCCCUGCGGGGACUGGACUGUGGCAUUCCAGUCUACUGGUUCUGGUUGGGGAUGGUUCAGGCCGUGUUUAUGUUUGCGAUGUUUGCUGAUUUCUACAAGAAGGCAUAUCUGAAGCGGAAAAUUAAGUAAGGUUUUGUUCAAAUGUUACGAUUACAGAUUACCGGGAAUUCCAGAACCCCCCCCCCCCGCCUCCCACCCCCCUAUUACGAACAUUUACUACACCUUUUAAGGUGAAACGUGAAGGCAAUAUUAAUGUAAAUGUAUUAGUGAGGUUUGAUUGUGUUAGUCAUCAUCAAGAUCAUUGGUGACGUCAUUGGUUUAAUAGUAUUUGUGACAUCGUUUAGUGGUAGUUGUGUGGUCGAAAAAACUUUGCUAACAAAUCAAAAUAACCAAUUGAAUGAAAAAAUACCUUUGCUAACUUUUGAAAAGUGCUUCAUUUACCUGUUACCAUGAUUUCGAAAUUUCGAAACUAUUAACUUGAAACUCAUCCUGAAAUGAAUAUUUGAACGAGUUUUUUUUUAUUCGAAAUUGAAACGAACAUACGGGUUUCAACAUAAUUUUCCUACAUGAUUGUAGUUAAAAAUAUUUCAAGACACUGAAAUCAAGCGUUAGAUAUAAAUACAUGUUCUUCCAUGCAUUUUA